UGCUCUAUAGCCUGAGCAGCUCCUGCGCCGUCAACAACUCAAUCGCCAUCAUGUUCUAUGGGCACAUGCUCGGAGCAUUGUUCUUGCAAACCUUCGUAUUCAGUGCGUGGAUACUAAAGUCAUGUGAUGGAAGUGCCGACAAGGGCUCCAGAGCAAAGGAGCCCGAUCUCCCUGAACAUGCCAGACUUGGUGUAUUUAUGAUAAUUGAUCCGAGCAUUGGAAAUGCUACAAGAGAAGGAUACAUUAAUUACACUGCGUCUUUACUCGGAGGGGUGAAUAUCAAGUUCAGGAAUAUCAAAAGCCGCACAAUAAAGCUUGGACUGGUCGACUUGCAUAUUAUGAAUGAAACAGAGGUCAGCACAUAUUUGCCUGUCAAUAACAACAGUCAUUUAGAGCUGCGUUCCACAUGGCAGGCCCUUCUGAAGUUCAAAGCUACAAUGACGCCAGCAAAUGAGACCGAUAUACUGUAUGUUCUAACAGGAAGGAAUAUAUUUUCCACGACUGAGUGGCCAAAAGUUCUCUCGGGAGCGGCUUCCACAAAAGGAGUGUGCACCGACUACAACAUAGCAGUCGGGAACGACGUUCUUGGAAGCUAUUUAGGCAUGGAUGUGUUCGCAUUGAACAUGGCACGCAUGUUGGGCGCCUGGUCUCAUGAAUGUUAUAAGAAUUUUUCCGGCGUUUUUGACGAUUGUCACGAGAAGCAUCUGAUGUCAACUCUGAGGAGGGCUUGGCCGUAUUGUACCCAGCACAACACAAUCAUCACGACGUGGAUGUCAGGAGGUCAACUCCCAGGGGAAUUUUUUAACAAUUCGGCUUACUGCGAAGGCAAAGGAAACAAUACCGUACAGCUAAAAGAAUGCGAGGUCAGCAAAAACAAAACCCAAGAGUGUCUUCUAUGCUGUUCCCUGGCAACAGACCCCAACAAUGUGAGUUACUACGAUGCACCGGACGGAACAACAUGUAUCGAUAAUCUAUACGACUCGGAGAAAAUUGGUUGCUUGGAGAAGAAAUGUGAAACACGCCUUUGGAAGAUCAAGAGAGUUGCGAACCCAGCCUGGAGCUAUCCCGUAAAUCUCAAAGAAACGACAACUGCAACAACGACAAGUGGAUAAUAAAGCAUCCUGACCUCCUGA